AUGGUUGCUACACUGUCUAGCUGUUCUACACUAGCCACUCUCACUGGGAUAACUUCUUUGUGUUCUCUUACUACAGCUGGCCUCGAGGCAAUUGUGAACAAGAGCGCUUUGACAAAACUAAAAGAAACUCACUUCUGGGUUCUCCACGAUCUUCACCAUCUGGGUUACUUCCUCAAUUCAAGGGCUUGCUUCACUCUCUCUGUCUUCGGUCUGCUUCAGAAAAAUGUUGAAAAAGUCAGACUUUCUGAUUCUGUAGCUCUGUUUCUUCAAAACCCUCUUAUCAUAAUUAUCUAUCCUGCUACUGAUUUAACAAAGUCAAGUGCCAGCCAAGUGGUUCUGAGCUCUCUAUUUUGA